UGUCUGGUUGUAAAGAGAAUGUAUAUCGUUUCAACAAGAUUUAUAUCUCAUUGAACCGAAAGUUUGUUUUGAUAAAAUAAGAAAUGUUGUAACAGUAAAAUGUCGGUCUUUUGGCCCUGCCUAGCAGGAUAUUUGACUUUAAGAAACAGAUUUGGAAGCUGGGGAGUCAGAUGUAUUUCCUUUAUGUAUUUUUGAGAAAUAUUUGGUGCGCCCACCGAGUGAAAAUGCAGCUACCAAAUAUUGUAUCUCCGAACCUCUUUGGCUGCUGUGUACGCUCCCGACACAAGGGGAACAGUUUUUCACAGGGGGACAUAAUUUCGCACAGGACCGGAAGUUCUCUCAGUAUAACACCAAUCGCUCCAACUUUGGUCAACAUGGCGGCAGCAGAAAUAGACAAUAGCAAGUAUUUUGUAAGAGAAAUCGAAAAGAAUAACGGAUGCGUCUUAAGAAUGAAACAGUGCUACAUAGGAGACGUUGGUUGUGUCGUCUGGGAUGCAGCCAUUGUUCUUGCUAAAUAUUUGGAGACUAAAACGUUUUAUGACAUGUCGAUAGGAGUCAACGUGUGGUGCGGCAGGACUGUGGUGGAAUUAGGUGCUGGGACAGGAGUAGUUGGUCUGAUGGCAGCAACACUCGGUGCUCAUGUCAUAGUAACAGACCUGGAAGAUUUGCAGUCCCUCCUGAAUGUGAAUAUUCAGGAAAACCAGAUACUCAUUCAGAGUGGGUCCAUAUCUGCCAAGGUACUGAAAUGGGGUGAGGAUGUGUCUGAGCUAUUGCCUCCUCCACAUUACAUUAUCAUGGCAGAUUGCAUAUAUUAUGAGCAGUCUAUAGGUCCACUGGUGGAGACCUUGAAGCAGCUAUCUGGACCAGAGACCUCCAUUAUCUGCUGCUAUGAGCAACGCACUGAGGGUGUUAAUCCAGAAGUGGAAAAUAAGUUUUUUGAGUUGCUGCAACGAAAUUUCAUCUAUGAAACAAUCCCUUCUGAUAAACAGGACCCAGAGUUCAGCAGUCCCGACAUCCAUAUUCUGCACAUUCAAAGAAAAGACUGAUUUUAUAGCAUGAAAUUUGUUUUUCUACUAAGAUUUAUAUCAUUGUGAGAAAGAUUUCAGACUGUGGCAUUUAAAAAAACUUAAAUAAUCAUUUGUAUUUCUUAAAAAUAGUUUACAUUUCAAAACAGUAAGUUUUUAGCGUAUAAAAAUAAAAUACUCUUGAACACUUAUCUCAGCCUCUUCUUGAUUACUCAGUUGCUGACAACAGGAAGAGGAAGUUAAUAAAACAGUCUUACCCAUUAUGAACAUUGGGGGGCAACAAAUACUCAGAUCCAUGAACCAAGAUUAUUUAGUGUAAAACUUUGUGUUAAGUCAAAUAUAAACAGUUUCCUUCAUCUGCACAUAAAUAAUUUCAUUCAAUUAACAUUCAUGUGCUGCAUCAAGUAAGUAAAAAACUUACAAUUUAACCAUGGUAGGUUAAAUUGCAUGGUUUUGUAAAGCAAAGUGAACACUACUGGGUUUUGCCACCAUAUGAGAAGAAUUCUAUUCAGAGCUCCAGAUUAAGAAGAUUAUAACUCUUAUUCAACCGUAAAACCACGAAGCAUGCCCCACACGUUCUCACAGACACACAGGGCCCCCCGACAGCAUUUCUUGCUUUGUUUACACAGUAGGAACUGUAGCAUAAAGAGCUUGGGUGACCUUCAGUACUCUGGCUAAAUGAAACAAUGCAGAUGGUCAAGGGAAGUUUAAAAGUCUGACAAAAUACAUUGAUUACAUCAAUUACAUUGAGGCUGGAGUCAAUGUUUCAGUUGAUAAACUAAGGAGAAGAAGAACUGGACUGUUUCAGAUUAAACACAGUCAAUGAUGAUUUAGGGAGCCAUGUAAUCUGCUUCCGUUGGUUCAUCCUGUUUUAUCAAACUGUGAAGCUGUGAAUAGUGAAAAAUAUAGAGCUCCACCUGCUUAAAUUAUUGUAUCUGUCUGUAAGAAAAGUGGCAAAAAUUAACUGCUUACGUUUUAACAUAAGGUUGCUGUGGAAGAAGGAAUUCUCUAAUACUGGUAUACUGGCUUUCUUAGACAGUAUACAAUGUGCUAUGCUAUAUAUUGUAUUAUAUUUAGAAUCUGAAUCCAUCUACUGUAUAUGAAUACAUUGAAAUUGCUUUUGAUAGGACAUUGUUUAGAUAAUAUUUUAAGAAAUGAAUCUGAUCUGGGGUUUUUUAAAACUUUUUUUGAGAGUAUAGAACAUAGAUAUACUGAUUUUAAUUUAAUUUUACUAAUCAGUUCAACUAUAAUCACCGUGACCCUCCAUUCUCCUUUCACUUUUUGUCCUGAAGCACUUGGACAGUAAUCAGAAUGAACUUUGUCUUAAGGCCUUUUUUAGCUUUGAACAGCUAAUUGAUUUUAAUCAUAGCUGGUAAUAAAUCACUGUUCCCAUAUGUGAUGGAGACAGGUCUCAGAUAGUCUUAUUAGAGAUUAUAGUUCGACUUAAAGCUUUUCCAUUCAAAACAAAUAACCUCUUAAAUUUUGACUAAGAAUAACUUAAAAAAAGGAAAUAUAUGCUUUUAAAAAUGAGAUAAUUGGGCUUGUACCAGAUGGAAACACAGGAAGCCUUACUAUAAAUGAUGACAAUCACAGAGAAACGCUGAUGUUGCUAUUUUGUACACAUAAUAGUGGAUUAUAGUUGCCUUAAUGCUAUUCUUUUUGUUGGUCCUCUUUGCAACAAAACACAAAUGAGGCCAUUUCCUACCAACAGAUGGUGCUAUUAUAUUCUCAAACUAACCUCAAAAUAUUUCUCACUUAUUAAAAUGUCUGCUCAUUAAUCAUGAUAUAACAUUAAAAUAUCUGAUCUUG